AUGAGGACUGCCCUGGUUUUUGCCUGCCUGGUGGGGAUGGCGUGCACCUUCUCGGUCAAGAGCUGGCUGCGGCAAUCCAAGUUGGAUGACUCUGAAGAAAAUGCGGUAUUCAAGAACAGGCACCGGUAUUACCUGUACAGAUAUGCUUAUGUGCAUCCCUUGCAGCGACGGUACCAGGGCAGUGACUCAUCGGAGGAAGAGGGGGAUGGCUCGGAGGAGGAGGAAGAGGGGGUGAGUACAGCAAACCAGAAGCCUUCAAAACAAAUAUGGGAAUUUGGGAACUUUCUUUGGAGCGAUCCCGUGCUGGCACCGAGGCAGCUGGCCACCCCGCUGGAGCAGCCCCUGGGGACAGCCAGGGUGGGCUGGGAGGAGAAAUUGCAUCCCCUCAGCAGGUGUGGUUUGGGGGGGCUGGAGGAGACCACCUAUGGACCGGGGGGCAAGGGCUGUCAAGGGGCCCUGAAGGGGGGCAGGAACAGCGCUGCUGGCAAGGGGGGCGACUCUGAAAAUGAAGACAGUGAUGAGAAUGAGGAGGAGGAGGAGGAGGAAGAGGAGGUUUCUGAGAAUGAGAAUGGCAUCAAUGGCACAAGCACUAACACCACCAAGGGGGAAGAUGGACCUCAUGGCAAUGGCACUGCGGUGGCUGAGGAGGGCACUGGCAUGGCUGGGGAGGAGGAAGAAGAGGAGGAAGAAGAAGAAGAGGAGGAAGAAGAAGAAGAGGAGGAGGAGGAAUCUGAAGCCACCACCAUUGCCAGCACCACCAGUGAAGAGGGGCUGUCCCAGGCGACCACCACAGGAGAUGGGGGACCCACUGACACCACCACAGCCGGGGAGCAGUGGGAGUAUGAAGUGACAGCUGGGGGCCGUGGCCGGGGGGAUGAGGGCACCACUGACGGCAGCUACGGGGAGCAGGACGAGUACACCCGCGGGGACAGCUACCGGGCCUAUGAGGAUGAGUACGGCUACUACAAGGGGCAUGGCUAUGAUGUGUAUGGCCAGGAUUACUACUACAGCCAGUGA